AUGACACUUGACCAUCCGACCUUGGGUCUAGGGUCACAACUGAUCCAGCGAUUUGCCCUAAUGAGAGAGGAGGAGUGGGCACGGGCGUUGCCAGGAAAUAUACCAUUAUACCUCUUGAAGGAGUCAGGCGGCGUCCAAAGGCGUCAAGUCGAGCGUAGUCGACAUAAACGGUACCGUCUAACCGUUACCGUUACGUUACCGCCGCGGUCGGGCGAUUACUGUGGAUCUUGGAACCGUAGAGUCCGGGGCCUCGGUAAAAAUCAUAAUAUGAAAGUUAGGAGUGAAAUCAUCCUUUUGGAUCCAUCGCUUGGAAGAGGUUGCCGAAGAAAAAAUAGGAGGUUGAGAGACGGGGGGAGAUUGCGGACACGGACCUGGGUUCAAGAAACUCGGAUGGCCCGGCCUUGA